AUUCAAUUUCUUAUCACUGACAAAAUUUUCAACUGUCCCGACACUUAAAACAUGCCGGUUUAACUUUAACCGCGUUCACCGCGUUUUCACCGCGUGAAAUGCUCCAGCUCUUUUCAUUUCUAGCAAUAUUCUAUAUUUCACUUUCAAACUGUGAUCCUCAAAUUCUACGCUUGAAAAGUAUCCCGUCACCUAUACCAAAUGUGGAGGAAGGAGCAAAAUUGUACCUAGCUUCCAAUGAUGAUAACGGUCUGCUUAAGAAUAUUCAAGUUCAAACGGCAGGUGGAAGCUUUACCCUGGACCAAAUAAAUGUCAAUACCGCAAACGGGAAUGCAAAGAGUAUCGUCAUCGAUGGCGGGCUAGUAAUUUCUACAAGCAAUUCCAACGCGGACACUUCUGGCCUAACCGGCUUCCUGUACCUUACCACGAAAAAGCAAGCUGAUGAUCCAGCAUUCUCCGUCUAUGUCAUCAAGCAAGCUCAAACAGUGUCCACGACUCAGCCAAACUCCACCGUCGUAAUCUUGAAUACCGAACUUGAUAAUGACGCGUUAGUAUUCGACCAGCCGUUUAAGUCGUCUUAUGUCACAAACAUCAAUCAGUCCCCGGGCUCCAACCUAUUUUUCCAUUGGGGAUUCCCAUCAUUCAACUGGAACCAGACGCAAAUAACAAAUCAGUUCUUUGAGAAUCCGAGGAUCCUGGAAAUGUUUGAUCCUGAUUUGAAGACAAUUAAUUAUACGCGACUAUUCUUCGAUCACAUUGAACCACUUCAAAUCGGACUGGACUACUGGUACUUCACAGCUUCAGAGCCAAUGAGCAUGACGAUGGAGAGCAAGUAUGUGAGCGAUCUGGUCUACACCACUACUUCAGUUAACACUACCGGGCUUGUUGUCAAUGACUUUCUCUUCCAGGAGCAUGUUGUCAAGUUCCAGUUGGAUCUGACACGUGUCAGAACUAUUGGAACAUUGGUUUCCGCAAUACCUAUUGCAAGCCAAAUAAAUGUCAUUUUCAACCAAGGUGGCGGAAUUUCGGCGCAAAGCUAUGCUACAAAUACAAUCCAUGCUCAAUCUUUUACAUAUAUGCAACCAGAGACACUAACCAUAAACGCCACUAGUCUAUUACCUGGAUUCUUCACCUGUCAAUAUUUUGGAGUAACAGGAGAUCUACUGCCCCCAGGCACUUCUACUCCUUCAACUACAGUAGCACCGACGACGUCUGUAGUGACUACUCCUGUGAGUUCCUACAACUACAAAAGGAGCUUCUUGUAUUCCUAUAAUUGA